UUGACAGGAGAGCACAACUACGACACGAGUAUCCUGUGGUUCCAAACAACCACCGGCGUCGCCGCCUGCCAGAGGACGCUCUUGUGUGGGAAAACGAUUUGAAAAAUAGAGGAAAUCUCCAGGAUGCUCGGUGCUGUCAAAAUGGAAGGACACGAACACGCAGACUGGAGCUACUACGGAGAGCCUGAGUGUUAUACCUCAGUUGGCAACAUGAACACUGGACUGGGAAUGAACUCCAUGAACACAUAUAUGACCAUGUCUGGAAUGAGCACCACGGCAAACAUGACGGCUAACACCAUGAACAUGUCCUAUGUCAACACGGGGAUGAGCCCGUCAAUGACUGGCAUGUCCCCGGGUACGGGGGCGAUGGCCGGCAUGGGCACGGGAAUGACGGGCAUGAGCGCAGCCCUCAGCCCCAACAUGAGUCCUAUGGCGGCGCAACCGCCCUCAAUGAACGCCUUGACCUCAUAUACCAACAUGAACGCUAUGAGCCCGAUGUAUGGUCAGUCUAACAUUAACAGAUCGAGGGACCCCAAGACGUAUCGAAGGAGCUACACGCACGCUAAGCCACCGUACUCCUACAUUUCGCUGAUUACAAUGGCCAUUCAACAGUCGCCAAACAAGAUGCUAACACUAAGCGAAAUUUAUCAGUGGAUAAUGGACCUUUUCCCUUUCUACCGUCAGAACCAGCAGCGUUGGCAGAACUCAAUUCGCCACUCGCUGUCCUUUAAUGACUGUUUCGUGAAAGUGCCUCGCUCCCCAGACAAGCCUGGAAAAGGCUCGUUUUGGACCCUCCAUCCCGACUCAGGCAACAUGUUUGAAAACGGUUGCUAUCUGAGGAGGCAAAAGCGCUUCAAAUGCGAGAAACAACUAAGCAAGGAGUCCGGACGGAAGUCAUCAGAGGGCGGAUCAAACAGUAGUUCCGAGAGCUGCAAUGGCAACGAAUCCCCGCAUUCCAACGCGUCCACCAACGACCACAAAAGGUCAUUGUCCGACAUGAAGUCGAAUCAGGGUCUGAGCCCAGAACAUGCAGCCUCGCCGACUUCGCAACAGCAUCUCAUGGCGCAGCACCACUCUGUCCUCGCGCACGAGGCGCAUUUGAAAGCAGAGCAUCAUUAUUCUUUUAACCACCCGUUCUCUAUCAACAACCUCAUGUCAUCAGAACAACAGCACCACAAAAUGGACCUAAAGACAUAUGAACAAGUGAUGCAUUAUGGUUACGGUUCUCCGAUGGCCGGCGCACUAUCCAUGGGGUCAAUGGCGGGCAAAGCGGGCUUUGAUUCGUCGCCAUUGGCAGCGGACACAUCAUAUUAUCAAGGUGUGUACUCGAGGCCAAUCAUGAACUCCUCCUAAAGUCUGCUGGACCUUCUCACACGUUUGUAGAUUUGUAAAAAGUACAGUCUGUGCAUAUGUAUUCUGGAUUUUUGACGUUUCUCGUUAAUUUAGUGUUCAAGUUUAUUAGUAAUUAUUUUGUAAAGACAAAUGUUGUGAAGAAACGAAUGUGAACAGCUCUACAAGCGACUUUGAAAUGGACCAAAUAACGCCUGAGUACGGGGAAUCUUUAAUGAAUGAGAGGGACGACAGUUCUUCAGUCAUUUGUGAAAUCCUUAUU